AUGGAUCCUCGCGAACAUCGGGAUACCAGAACUUGGACGUUCAAAUCUAACCCCUACUAUUCACAUCGGAUGGGCGGUAAUUUUUUUGCAGCUUGCUCAACCGAAUCCUUCGUCCCAAAUACUGUCGCAAGAGACACACCAUUGCCUUACACAAACCUCACCCUCUCGCGCAUCCCUAACAACCCGUCUACCUCACCGACAGCAAAGGGCGAUCCGCAAAUAUAUCUGAUUACUCUACGAAAGGCUCCUGAGAAUCGUAUUUCCACCUUAUUCGCGCAAGAGAUUAUCCGCCCAUUGCGAGAUGUGGAGCGUAUGGUUGAGGCUGCGGGUAAGGAUGAACAGGGAGGCGGUGUUGGGGCAGCGGUGAUUAUACGGGGCAGGGGAACAAGUUUUGGAGGCUUGGAUCUCGAUGAAGCAGAGAGGGACCCUUUCUCCAAUACAGACGGAUAUUUCCCGGUUCGCUCACCUCCCGAACAAAUGCCGUGA